AUGAUUUCCAUCUCUGAAAGCUCCGCUGUAGGUCCCGCCCCUCUCCCUCCCACAGAUGCCCUUCUCAGCUUGCGAACAGGCAAAAUCCGCCCCCUCGACGGCAGCAGCAUUCGCUCCGCCAUCAACAAGCGAGCCCGCCAGGGGAAAUGGGAAGUAACCCUCCUUGGCCUCGUCGGUGACGAGCAUCACUACGUCCACCACGGCGGCCCUGAAAAGGCGCUGCAUCAGUACUGCGCCGCCCACUACGAUGCGUGGAACGCUGAGCUGCCUGGCCGUGAGGAUCUUUUCAAGAUUGGUGGCUUUGGAGAGAACCUCUCCACGAGAUAUAUGUCGGAGCAGAAUGUCUGUAUUGGUGACGUUUUUCGUGUGGGAAAGGAUGUGCUUAUCCAGGUCACUGGGCCGAGACAGCCAUGUUAUAAGCUCAAUCAUCGCUUCCAGCAUAAGAAGGCUUCGGCUAUGACGCAGUCGACUGGCCGUAUGGGCUGGUAUUACCGUGUUAUCAAGACGGGCUUCAUUGAGGAUGGUGAUGAGAUGCAGCUGACUGAACGAAUCAACCCUACAUGGUCUCUUGCGCGAGUUCAGAAGUAUCUGUACCAUGAGAAGGAUAACUACGAAGCGUUCAAAGAGCUGGCGACGUUGCCUGCGCUGUCUGAAGAAAUGCUGGAUAUCUUCCAGAAACGUCUAAGCCACGGCGCUGAAGACAUGAGCGGCCGACUCGAAGGCGAUCGACUCCCUGUGGCCUGGCAGCCAUACAAACUGGUCAGCAAGACAAGUCUAACCUCAAGGAUCAAAUCGUUUAUCUUCGAGGUCGAUAACGAGGAUAAAGGUGAAGAUUCACAGUUUGGUCAGUUUCCUUUUGUGCGGCUUCGGUUUGGCCCAGAAGGAACUAUCUCACGAGCGUAUUCAGUCGUAUCUGGCAGCGCGAACCGUUUUGAAUUGGGAAUCGCCCGAGAUGACAAUUCGAGAGGUGGAUCUGUCUACUUGCACGACCAACUUUGCGUUGGAGAGGUUAUCAAAGUCGCUCCAGGACGCAGCACCACAGUACAACAGAGCCAAGAUGCGGAUGAACAGGUGUUCAAACAUGUUUUCAUCAUUGGUGGUAUUGGAGUCACAGCUUUCCUUGGAGAAAUUGAGAGACUGGUUCGUGAAUCGGCUGACGUUGAGGUUCACUACGCUGUACGAAGCCAGAAGGAAGCUGCCUACCUGGAUCGUCUACCACUUGACAAGACGAGCAUAUACGCAAAAGAUCAGGGCCAGCGUCUCAACCUUGAUCAGGUCAUACCCACACCACAUCUAGAGGACGGAAUCAAAGCCAUAAUCUACUGCUGCGGUCCCACAUCCCUCAUGAACGCCUGUCGCACUCUAACCACCACCCUCCACUACCCAAAAACGAGCGUCCAUUUCGAAGAAUUCGGCGACGCCACCACAGGAACCGGCAACCCCUUCGAAGCGGAGAUCAAAUCCACGGGAAAAAUCCUCCAAGUGCCAGAGAAAAAGUCCCUUCUUCAAGUACUCUCCGAUGCGGGAUUUGAGAUUGAGUCGUCGUGCUUGGUCGGGAACUGCGGGACGUGUAUGGUGGACCAUUGCAAGGGAGAGGUGGAGCACAAGGGUGUGGCUUUGGAUGAGGAGCAGAAGAAUGAGUCUAUGUUGAGUUGUGUUAGCCGGGGGAGGGGAAGGAUUGUUAUUGAUAUUUGA